GAGGUGCCCGGGCCGGCGCGUUCCGGCACAGCCAGGGCAGCGCGCAGCCUCCGCUUCCCCCGCUCCCCGCCGGCUGCGGCACAGAGCUGGAGUGCCCCGGUCUGAGGUGCCCCUUAGAAAGCUGCGUGCGGGCACGAACUGCGCUAGAUGUCUUCGUUGUUAACAUUUUUGUAAUGAGAUGUGAAGAGAAGGUGUUAUUUGGAGCGCUUAUCGUCGUGUUGGACUGUCCCAGCGAGCGGAAGAAAGAAAGAAAGGCAGUCGGGUGCUUCACAUUGCCGCGGCUUUCUCUCCUCGUAAACGCUUAUAACAGCGCUUGUUCCACUUGCAGAGGCGAAUUUUUGUGCAUGGAAGCACAACCAAAGGCUGUUUCCAGAACAGAGCCCCGCUCUGAGCAGCGCUGGCGUUCUGGGAGGCUCGGUUAGCGAUUGGUGUAGCGCCCAGUUUAUAUUGUUGGAUUAUUAAAUUGUUGAGGCGUACUGCUCUGUACAGUGAGACUGAGAGGCACCUUUAGUGUUAAAGAUCUACUUUGCAACAUGCUAACGCAGGUUUUUUUUCAGUAUCAGUAAAACUAUACUCUCUUCAAGACAUGUUGAUUUCUUUUUUUUAAGUAACUUCUCAAAACAGAGCUUGGGAUGUGAAGGACCAUCGGGAACAACAGCAAAUACUCUGUUACAAUUAAGUACAAUUGUUCUUGUUAUUAAUGUAAAAAUCGUAUCGCUAUCAGGUUACUUGAUAUCUCAGAUUCCUCUCUCUCUCGUUUUGCAGUGAUGGACUGAAGCUCAAAACUGAAGUGCUGGAUGGAAAGCCUAGGCUAAUUUUAGCUUCUUCUGAUUGUUUUUCAGGAUCAAGUUGUUACUAAAUACUUCUUUCAUAUGUCUGUGUUUGUUUCCCAAAAGAUAAAUCAAGGCCUGCCAUGAAGAUGGGUAAUAAAGCCAGAGCACCUAAACAGGCAUUGAGAAUAAAGCACUCUGGGCUCAUCUUGAGGCCAACACAAAAUGCUUGUAUCAAGCAGGAAAAUGUAACAAAACCAAGGAGUGAAUCAAGCUUAUCCAUAACAAAAGGUGAAAAACUGCACAUUAAUAAACACUCCUCACAUGAAGCCAAAAUUAAAGGUUACUCUUUGGUUUUCCAAAGAGGUAAGACAAACAGAUACCCUGAUUCAGAGGAUCCUAGUAUUGUGAAAAAAACUCCACACAAACCUCAAGCCCCGCAUGUAUCAGCUGAAGACUUGGAAAGUUUGGUGUGUUUAACACAAGCACAGCUUCAACAAAUUUUGAUGAUUGUUAAAGAAGGAAGAAGCAUCUCUGAGACUCCUAAUGAAAAGCAAGAGGAAAUUGCUACUGAUGAUGCAUCAGAGGAAAAUAUUAUAGCAUCACCCCAGAAAGACUGUGAAGCUCCAGAUGAAGCAAACUCUGAUUCAGGCAGGAAACAAGAAGCACAUCCACAGCCAGGACAGAAAGUUAUAAAGGAUUUGUGGAAACCUGCUGACUUGUUUAGUACCUUGGGUGAAAGAGAAGGGGAGAAAGCCUUACUGGAAUUUAAAAAGACCCAAUGGAAGAAGGAAUUAGAUGAACAGGUAGCACUGAAGAAGAAACUGAAAGAAACUUUGGAGGGAGAAGUGGGUUAUUUCUGGGCAAAACUUGGCAGUAAUAAAACCCAUAAAGUGGAAACACCUGACCCAGACCAGACAGUGUUUCCAGCUGGCUCAGUUCAUGGCACUGAGGCAAACUCUGCCUGUACAGCUGCUUUAGCCACGGAGGCUGGUGGAGUUGCACGGAAUGUUCCAAGAGCUCCAGCUGGGCACUCUUCUGAUUUCAGUUCCUCUGACUUCCCAGCUGGCAGUUGCACAGCACUGGCUUUCAGGGAAGCUGUGCCACAGGAGCGACCUUUUAGUGUUUUCAAACGUGAGCAACAGAAGAAGUGGCUUGAAGAGUUGGACAAGCAGAAGGAAGAAGCUAAACUACGAAAAAUAGAAGAAAAACUUAAUUUAUCCAAGGCAGAGGAGCAUGACAGAUGGGAAAUGCAUUUUGAUUCUUUUAAGAACCACUUCAAUGCUAAUGCACAGCACUCCUUAAAUGGAAUGCACAGAAAGCCUGAAAGUCUUCAGGACCCGACUGCUCUCCUUCACCCUCUGUCACCUGCAGCUUUGGGCAACCUCAUGCCCUUACAGAUGGGAACUGCAGAAAAAGCUGCUAAAAAUGGUGCUUUGGAGCAAAGUCAGAGAGUCAGCUUCCUCCGUUCCAUGACGGCUCUGCUGGACCCUGCACAGAUUGAGGAGAGGGACAGGAGGCGGCAGAAGCAGUUGGAACAUCAGAAAGCAAUAAUGGCUCAGGUGGAAGAAAAACGGAAGAAGAAACAACUGGAGGAAGAGCAGAGAAAAUGGGAAGAGCAACAGGAAGAACUGCGCCUGGCACGAGAAAAAGCACAACUGCAGAAACAGUUUGAAGAGGAAAUGCUCGCACAAAAACAAAAGGAGGAACUUGUAACUCUUAAAGCCAGAGAGUUUUAUCAGACAAUGGAGAAAGCUCAGGAAUUAUCCCAGGGAUCAAAACAAGAACAGCACACUCCAGACUUGGCUCAGAAGGCACAUGACAUUUCAGCACUUCAGAACAGUCUUGCUGGUGGCAAGUGUGAUACAGGGUUUGAAAACGGUAAUUGUGGCAUUUCAGCACAAAGUUCUGAUUUCCCAGCUGGUGUGGAGAGUCCCCCUGAGCAGCAGGCUGCUCCUUGGAAGGACAGCGCCGUGCAAACAGAUUGCUUUAAUACUUCAGCAUACACUGAGCCAGCUGAAGAAAGGACCGUGUGUUGUGAAUCACCUGAUAUUUCUGUGGAAUAUAAAGAAGCCUCUAAUGGCAAAAAAUACCAGAAGGAAAUGCAGUAUAUGGAUAAAAAUAAACUUACAGGAAAGGAGACUGGUGGUGUUUAUAGUGAUCUAUAUGAGCAAUAUGCAAGAAAAGAAAGACACAUGAAAUCUUCAGAAAAAUACAGCAAAAGACCUGACUGGAACAUAAACAAGCCUGGGAAAAGAUACAUUCCAGCCUCAGAAAGGUACCCUAAAGCACUACAGAAAGAGAGGGAGGAGAGCAGAGUGCGCCGCCAAAUGGAGCUGCUGCAGCUGGUGGAAAGGAACAGCCCCGGGCAGCUGAGUGCACGAACGGGGAGGCACUCCUCAGCCUGGGCUCGCUCACCUCGGCGAGAAACAGCUGCCAGGAGCAAGGGCCUCCGGGCCAGAAAGGAAGAAAAAUUUCAUAAGAAUCACUUGAAUGACGAAAGCUCUGCAUCGCCGCGUGUUCCAGCAGUUAGGAGCAGAUUACUCCAAGUGCAACGCAGACAGACGCAGGCAUCUCCUUUCCUGGUGCAGGAGCAGCAGGGUGGAAGCGAGGAGGAGGCGCGGGCGGACCCCGGGCAGAGGAGCCCUCCCUCGGCGCAGUUUGUGCCCUACGUGCGGACACGGGAGGUUUAUUGCCUGCCCCCAGAGGCGCCGCUGAGCCAGCCCUCGACACAGCAGCCCCACGAUUCUUACCAAAUGCCGCGACAGAUUUUUAGCUCAGAUCACAUUAGAGAUCCUCUUCUAAAUCCUGAUGCAGUUCCAAUCAGAGAGAGGCAAGAAGAAAUUCUCAAAGGAUUGUCAAAAUUACGACAGGGCCUCCUGCAGAAGCAGAAGGAGCUGGAGAACACUCUGAUUCCCAUUGUAGCUCAAGAGAACUUCAUGCCACCGUUUUGAGAGGUGCCUAUGAAUGUUCUGAAUGUGGAAAUGCACAGCACUUUGCUACUGUAAUUAACUAUGAAGCACCUCUUUUUUAUGAAAAUUAAAUUAUGAGAAUUUUGAUAGACUGUGGGGUUAUGUUAUUUUAAACUUACGAUGGUUUGUCUGUUUAGAAUGGUUUUCAUGCUACCUGAAGGCAUGUGUCCAUUUAAUACAAACAACCAAAAACAUGGAAGUGAACUAGGGGUCACUUCAAAAACAUGGGGUUUUGUAGAACUCAGUGUGAAUUUUGAUAAAUAAAAAGAUUAAGAUGUAUUCUGAAUGGUUUUAGUCAUUUUUGUUGGCAUUUUAAACUAUACAAAGCUGCUUGUAUUUCAAUAUUCAGCCACCUUUUAGGCUUAUACGGUGAAUAUCAACUCAAGUACUCCCAGAUUCUAAGACCACAGUUCAUGACACAAUCUGCUACAAUUCAUUGAUAAAAGGGAGGGGUUUUUUUCCGUUUGCUUUGUUUGUUUGUUUGUGUGCUUUUUCUUCAGAAAAAAUUACUCGCCAUGUUUGGGGGGAGGUU